AUGACGAGCCUCACCCACAGCCACGGGCACGCCGGCCACUCGCACCACCACCACCAUGACAACACCUUCCUGCUGUCCAAGAACAAGGACGACGCCGGCGUGCGCAUCACGCGCAUUGGCCUGUACGUCAACCUGGGCAUGGCCGUGGGCAAGGGGGUGGGCGGAUAUGCCUUUAACAGCCAGGCACUCACUGCCGACGCCAUCCACAGCCUGACGGACCUGGUCAGCGACGUCAUGACGCUGGCGACGGUGGGGUGGUCGCUGAAGCCGCCCUCGCAGCGCUUCCCCAGCGGCUACGGCAAGGUCGAGAGCCUGGGGUCGCUGGGCGUGAGCGGCAUCCUGCUGGCGGGCGGCUUCAUGAUGGGCUGGUCGGCCCUGAUCAGCAUCAUGCAGCAGUUCUUCCCCGAGUUUGCCGAGACGGUUGCGAAUCUGGGGCUGCUGGCCCACAGCCACCACCACCACGGCGGCGACGGCCUGGGCCCGAACAUCAACGCGGCCUGGCUGGCGGCGGGGUCCAUCCUGAUCAAGGAGUGGCUGUACCGCGCGACACUAAAAGUUGCCAACGAGCGCAAGUCGACCGUCCUCGCCUCCAACGCCUACCACCACCGCGUCGACUCGCUGACGGCGUUUGUUGCGCUGCUACUGAUUUUUGGGUCCAACGUGCUCAACAACGCGGCAUGGCUCGACCCCGUCGGCGGUCUUGUCAUCUCCCUCAUGGUUGUCCAAGCCGGCUGGGGCAACACCAAGUCUGCGCUGCUCGAGCUGGCUGACGUCGGCGUGGAAGACGAGAUGAAGGAGAACGUCACAAAGGCCGCCACCAAGGCAGUCGAGAGCAUAAGUACUACGGGCGAGAUCGAGGUUCGCGCAGUGCAGGGCGUCAAGGCCGGCCAGAACUACCUGAUGGACGUCGAGCUCGGCGUGCCCGGCACGUGGACCGUCGAGCAGACACGGGCAAUCGAGAACCUCGUCCGCGAGCGCGUCGGUGCGAAGGUGCGCGGCGUCAAGAAGGUCCGCGUGCGCUUCGUCACCAACAGCACCGGCGAGCCCGACUUCCUCGACGAGUUCAUCACCGGCGACGCUUCAGGGACAGCCACGCCCGAGUCGGAAGAGCACAACCACGACCAUGCCGAGCACAACCAUGACCAUGCCGAGCACAAGCACAGCCAGAGCACCGACGCGCGGAGGAGGAAGUGA